GCCGAGCUGUCCGAGAAAACGUCAGGAUCCGUGGGUUGUUGACUGGUUGGGAGGAGACGGAUUGGCCAAUCACGUGCAGUACAGGUACCUAGCCGCCAGGCCGGUGCCGGCACAAUUCCGCCUGGGUCCUGGCACGUCGCCGCCCGCCCCGCCGCCGCAUCUCGGCUCUUUCAGCAGCUUCAACUGCCGUGCGUGGUGGGGCGGGGGCACUUUUUUGUGUAGGUAUAUUCGCGAUGCGCCCGCCGCGCGCCUGGAGGGGCCGUCGGUAUUUCUGUGCCGGUUUUUUUCCUCUCUCUCUCUCUCUUUUUCUCUCUUUCUUGAGUUGUCAUUCACAUCCUCCUCUGUCUUGUGUCUCUGUUUGUUGGCAUUUGAUAUCCUUACCAUCUCCGCAACUACCUAUCAACCACCACAAUGGGCCUCCCCACCGGCGUCUACAGAGCCGACCACGUCGGCUCCUGGCUGCGGCCCAAGGCCGUGCUGGAGGCGCGCGAGCAGCACGCCUCGGGCGCGAUCACGGCGGAGCAGCUGCGCGAGAUCGAAGACAAGCACAUCGACGAGGUGGUGCGCAAGCAGAUUGAGGCGGGCAUGCGGUCGAUCACGGACGGCGAGUUCCGGCGGGCGUACUUCCACCUGGACUUCCUGAAGCAGCUGGACGGGGUCGAGGUGACGGGGCAGCUGAAGAGCAGCGGCGCGAUCAAGAACGGGUGGGCGCCGCCGGUGCUCAAGGUCGCGGGCAAGCUGGGGCACAGCCGCCCCGUCCAGGUCGCCGACUACGAGUUCCUCGAGCGCUCGAUCGCACAGAACGCCCCCGCUGGCGCUAUGACGAAGGUCGCUAUCCCCUCGCCCACUAUGGUCCACUUCCGCGGCGGCCGCGCCAGCAUCGACAUCGCCUCGUACCCGGAGCUGGACACGUUCUUUGACGACCUCGCCCGCGUCUAUCAGCAGGAACUCGACGAUCUGUACAAGGCCGGCUGCCGCUUCGUCCAGCUCGACGACACGAACCUCGCGUACCUCUGCGACCCCAAGAUGCGCGAGCAGGCCGAGCAGCGCAACGAGGACCUGACGACGCUGCCAAAGCGCUACGCCGAGCUCAUCAACGCCGCCAUCUCCAAGCGCCCUAAGGACAUGAAAAUCGGCAUCCACCUGUGCCGCGGCAACUACCAGUCGCAGUGGUUUGCGUCGGGCGGGUACGAGCCGGUGGCCGAAGUCCUCUUCAAGGACCUCAACGUCGACGCCUACUUCCUCGAGUACGACGACGCGCGCUCCGGCGACUUCGCCCCCCUGCGCCAUCUGCCGCCCCACAAGGUCGUCGUGCUGGGCCUCAUGAGCAGCAAGAAGGCGGAGGUCGAUGACCGCGAUGAGAUUGUUAAGCGCUUGCGUGAGGCCGCCGAGGUGUGCCCUGGUGGCUUGGACCAGCUGUGCUUGAGCCAUCAGUGUGGUUUUAGCUCGACCGCUGAGGGUAACGCCCUUUCCGAGGAGCAGCAGUGGGAGAAGGUCCGCUUGGAGGUCAGCAUUGCGAAGGAGAUCUGGGGCGAGGACUUGUCGCAGUAGACGAGGCGUAGCUGAGCCUUUAGGCGAAGCAUAGCUGAACUUUUCAGGGGAAGCAUAGCUGAGCCUUUAGGUAAAGCAUGGCCGAGCCAUUGACGUCUAUCUACGUCUCCCUCCUUUCCUUCCCUCCUUCUUCACGCAACGCAACGAACGAAACAAAAAACAAGACAGAUGCCCCCCGCAUCACGUCUUUCAUGUAAUCGGCACCACCGCCAACCAACAAAAAAACAAAAAUGGGCUGGCUAGGUUGCCCUUCAACGAAC